AUGUCAGCCGCCAGCACCGAGACGAGCGCCCAGUUGCCCGCGGCCGCCAGCCGGGUGUUCUUCCAGCCGCCGGCCGGGGUUGGGUGCGCUGGUUCCGGACCCAUGCCGCGGGAUAACCCGGUCCAGAGGAAGCAGGGAAAAGUGACGGUGAAAUACGACAGGAAGGAGCUGCGGAAGAGACUGAUACUGGAGGAGUGGAUCAUUGAACAACUAAGCGAUUUGUACGACUGUGAG